GCAGCCACAGUUAAAUGAGACCCUACGAAUACAAAUCGUCUUCUUCCACGCUUUCUCUAUCUAAAAUCUUCAUCUUCACUUCUUUUCGGUCUCUUUUUCCAGUCUGUUUCCCUCUCUCUACGUACCCUUUCAAACUCUUCAAAUACCAGCAAAAAAUACCCCUUCCCUUCCGCAUUACCAUUCUCUCGUAGCCCUUUCUCUUCUCUUCUCAUUUUUCUUCAAAAUCAGCUUCCUCUGUUUCGUUUCUGGGGGUUCUGUUCAGAAAUGGAGAAGGCUAAUGUCGACAAGGUGAAGCGGCUAAGAGCUUGGGUUCAAAACUACGAUUGGGGAAGAUGUGGGACGGAGGCACAGGUGGCGAGGCUUUUGGCUUUGAAUUCUGGGGCUGAGAUUAAGCCUGAUAGGCCAUAUGCUGAGUUUUGGAUGGGAACCCAUGACUCAGGGCCAAGUUUUAUGGCUGAUGACAAUGGAGAAGGUGGGAAUUUGGGUUUAAAAGAUUGGAUAUGGAAGAAUCCGAAUGUGCUUGGUCACAAGGUUUUGAAAAAAUGGGGGCCUGAUAUUCCUUUUCUGUUCAAGGUACUUUCAGUGGCAAAACCCCUUUCAAUACAGGCACAUCCGGAUAAAGAAUUGGCCAAAGAAUUGCAUAAGUUGAAGCCAAAUCUCUAUAAGGAUGCUAAUCAUAAACCUGAGAUGGCUUUGGCCAUAACAGAAUUCAGGGCCCUUUGUGGGUUCAUUACUCUUGAGGAGCUUAAGGGUGUGCUUAAAGAUUUUCCGGAGAUCGUAGAAUUGGUUGGCAAUGCAUCGGCAAAGCAAGUCUUAGAUAUUGACAAGGAAGAUGGUGCAGAGAAAGCAAAAUAUGCUCUACGGUCGGUUUUUACACAACUUAUGUCAGCUAGCAAGGAUAUGGCAACGAAAGCAAUAUCAAAACUGAAAAGUCGGCUGCACGUAGAAAGUCAGUUACGGUGUCUGACGGAGAAGGAACAGUUGGUGUUGCACUUGGAUAAGCAAUACCCAGGCGACAUAGGUGUUAUAUCAGCCUUUUUCUUCAAUUACGUGAAACUUAAUCCUGGUGAAGCAUUGUAUCUUGGGGCAAAUGAACCCCAUGCAUACUUAAGUGGGGAGUGCAUUGAAUGCAUGGCAACAUCAGACAAUGUUGUCCGAGCAGGUCUCACUCCCAAACACCGUGAUAUCCAAACUCUUUGUUCCAUGCUAACAUAUAAGCAGGGCUAUCCUGAAAUCCUGAAAGGAUUUCCAUUGAGUCAAUACAUUACCAGGUAUCUCCCGCCGUUUGAAGAGUUUGAAGUCGAUCUUUGCAUUCUUCCAAAAGGAGCAUCGACAGUUUUCCCCGCCAUCCCAGGCCCUUCUAUUUUCCUUGUAUUUCUUGGGAAGGGAACAUUGUGCACCGGAUCAUGGGAAGACGUAGUCAAAGAAGGAGAUGUGCUCUUUGCAACUUCGAACACGGAGAUUAACAUUACUGCUACGUCUGAACUGCAGGUUUACAGGGCAGGAGUGAAUAGCAGGUUCUUUCAUGCUGCCUUAUGACUUUAGAUCUGAACCGGAGCCAUCAGCAGCCUUAGGGAGUAAAUAGUUUGUUAAUCAUAUAAUUUUGCAUGUAUUUACGCCAUCAGCUUUUUUUAUGCAUUAUAGUGUAAUUUUAGGACUUGCAUAUAUAGUCAAAGGUAAUACCAUUCAUGUUUAUUAGAAUAUGAAAAUGAAUAAAUUAAAAUCCAUUUCCUAUUUA